AGCCAAUGCAGCGCAUCUCAAGCUGCAGGGUCCCCCCCCCCCGGCCCUAGCGGGCGCCCACGAGUGCGCUCUCCACUAAGGCUGCCACCGUGACCUCGGGGUCGUGCCGGCACGGCGCGGCAGCUGGAACCAUGGCAGGGCCAGGAGGCCGCCUCACACGGCUGGAGGUCCGCAAGGGCGCGAAGUCCACUGUGUGGUACGAUGCUGUCCUCCACGAUCUGUUCGGCCAGAAUGCGUUGGUCGGUUUCCCAGAUGACGUUUGGCCGAAUCGCGAGGUGCCUUGUGGCGACGCGCGCCCGAGGCCGGCAGAUGGAGACCAGGACGACGACUUUGAAGCCGGAGACGAGGUCGAAGUACGCGUUGCAGCAUCGGAGAGAAAUCCACCUGGCUGGGCCCUGGGGACGGUGCUGCAGGCCGACGAGCGUGUGGUCCGAGUGGCUUGCCAUAGCCGACGACCCACUGACAGCCUCGUCUUCCAGGUCGGCGACCCCGCCCUGCGGCACGCCAGCGACGAGGCGCCGCUGCACCCAGGAGCGCUAGCCCGCGGCUGGGCGCCGGUGAGCGAGGAGCUGCGAGGCUGGGCGGCCAGCUCGGACGCGCGGGGAUGCUGGGAGCAGGUGUGCGCUGUGGCGGGGCUGUCGCUGGUCGCGCCUGGCAGCGCCGCCGGCAGGAGAGACGCUGGGCACGCAGACGCCGUGGUACUGUUGGGCACCCCUGGAGCUGUGCGCCGCGGCGAGAUGCUGGUGAAGAUCCACCUGAUGCACCAGCAGGAGGUCGAGGCUUUCCAACGCCGCCGCAGCAAGAAGCUGGGGCAGCUCCAGGAGGCGCUCGACAAGGCGUCGGGCACCGGCGGGACUGCGCGGGCCUCAUUUAAGGUGAUAUGACGUUGUGAAGGGGGCGGACAAUCAGCUUGAAGGAAUAGCUCUGCGGAGGGGCAGAAGACGACCACGUCAUGAGACCAAUUUGCAAGCCAAGUGAGCAAGAGCAACCGAUGAUACAGUCCUCCGCAGGCAAAAACACCACUUGCCUGCGAGAAAUUCCGCCACUGCGCUUGCGCUGUACUCUGUCCACCCCUCGGAGUUGUUUCGAACGCCGCAAUGUGCGGCACGCAUCGUUCCCAAGCUUCAAAUAGUUCGCAACAUACUCAAAUCUCUUUCCAGGGCCAGAAGAUGCUUUCACAUCUGACAGUUGUCACCUCGACGCCCACAGGGCCGC